CCCCGGGAGCACGGAGGGGGCGGGCCGGGCGGCGGCCUCUCAGGGCGCGCUGGGUCUCUGAGGUGCUGUUAUUUGUGAGACGCCCGCUGGGCAGGCGGCUGCGGCGGAGGCUGGUGGUCGGGAUGUCUGGGCUGCCCACCGCCCCGGAGCAGGGGCGCCCGGAGCCGAGCGCGCCGCAACCGCACACAGGCUUCGUGCUGGGGCUGGACGUGGGCAGCUCGGUGAUCCGCUGCCACGUCUAUGACCGCGCGGGGCGGGUCCGCGGCUCCAGCGCCCAGAAGGUAGUAAGUCUUUGUCCUCAAAUUGGCUGGGUUGAAAUUGAUCCUGAUGUUCUCUGGCUUCAAUUUGUUGCUGUAAUAAAGGAAUCUGUCAAAGCUGCAGGAAUAGAGAUGAAUCAAAUUGUUGGGCUUGGCAUUUCAACACAGAGAGCAACUUUUAUUACGUGGAACAAGAAAACAGGAAAUCAUUUUCACAACUUCAUUAGUUGGCAAGAUCUGAGAGCUAUUGAACUUGUAAAAUCUUGGAAUAGUUCUCUUAUAAUGAAGCUAAUACACAGUUCCUGCCGAAUGCUUCACUUUUUCACUAGAAGUAAACGAUUUUUAGCAGCCAGUUUGUUCACUUUCACAACCCAGCAUGUUUCUUUGAGAUUAGCCUGGAUUUUACAGAACCUGGUUGAGGUGCAAAAGGCAAUUGAAGAAGAAAAUUGCUGCUUUGGGACUAUUGAUACCUGGUUGUUACAUAAGCUCACAAAAGGUUCCGAAUUUGCCACGGAUUUUUCAAAUGCCAGUACCACUGGACUUUUUGACCCAUAUGAGAUGUGUUGGAGCAGCUUCAUUACUUCUCUGCUUUCAAUACCACUCUCUCUCCUGCCUCCCGUGAGGGAUACAAGCUUCAAUUUUGGAUCAGUGGAUGAAGAGAUAUUUGGUGUGCCUAUACCAAUAAUGGCCUUGGUGGCCGACCAGCAGGCAGCCAUGUUUGGAGAGUGCUGCUUCCAGAUGGGAGACGUGAAGCUGACCAUGGGGACUGGGACAUUUCUGGACAUCAAUACUGGAAGUAACCCUCAACAGAAUGUUGGAGGCUUUUAUCCGUUGAUUGGGUGGAAGAUUGGACAAGAGGUUGUAUGCAUAGCUGAAGGCAAUGCAGGAGAUACUGGUACUGCCAUAAAAUGGGCUCAGCAAUUAGAAAUUUAUUCUCUCACAGGUCUGGAAGCAAGAAGUCAAAUAUCAAGGUAUCUUUUCACAGAUGCUGCUGAGACUGAAAAAAUGGCCAGAAGUUUGGAAGAUUCUGAAGGGGUUUAUUUUGUUCCGUGUUUUAGUGGUUUGCAGGCUCCAUUAAAUGACCCCUGUGCAUGUGCCUCUUUUAUGGGUUUGAAGCCUUCCACUAGUAAAUACCAUCUUGUACGAGCAAUAUUGGAGUCCAUAGCUUUCAGAAACAAGCAGUUAUAUGAGGUGAUGCAGAAAGAGAUCCGUAUUCCCGUGACAAAAAUCCGGGCAGAUGGAGGAGUUUGUAAGAACAGUUUUGUCAUGCAGAUGACUUCAGACCUGAUUAAUGAGAAGAUAGACAGACCUGUUCACCUAGAUAUGUCGUACCUUGGUGCAGCUUCUCUAGCUGGCCUUGCUGUUGAGAGCCUGAAUAAGGGCAAUCAACUCGGCCUUCUGUGCCGAAGUCCUGCAGGGGAGCACCUGAGAUCAGGUGGUUUGAUCCAAAGCAACCACCACCGUCCCCGCAUACCUGAUUCCUCCCUGGACAGAACUGCUCCCGUCCAUGAAUAGUACCUCAUCCGGCGAUGCCAGUGGGGUGUCAGGGAGGCCCAGGUGGGCUGUCUUUACAAAGUCGUCAACCUCUAAACAGUUAUGUAGAGGUUCCUCAGGGUUAUCAUCAGGAAGGAGUUCUGGUAGCAGAAGAGCCUGAAACUGGAUGACUCGAGCAUUUGACAUCCAGGGCUCCGAUGUGCUCCCGAGCAAAGCCUCAACUGCAUAGCUGUAGCCACUACCGCCCGGAAGCAAGCAGGCUAACUGGAUUCAACAGGGUAAAGUCUCUUGGACAAGUAGGCUACUGGUCUUUUCCAAUGCCCAAGACUUUGGGUGAGGACCCCUUUGGCUAUGCCCCUUGUCUCACAUACACAUCUGGUAGUGCCAGUUGGCCCAUCAUCCUUGCUCCGCUCAUGUCUGUCUUACUGCCUAAUAUAUUACCCAAGGAUCCUGGCUCUGAAUUCUUUCAGGGAAAAUGGGGUUGAAAUUCUCUUCUGUAAUUACUUCCAUGCUGAGAUGGGUCAGAAGUUUCUCUCAGAGCCAAGAGAUCCUUGCUGUCUGUCAGAGGGACAUUGAGGCCUGGGCACAGAAGGAGGUGGGCUUGUGACCUGGCAGAGACAAACUGUAGCAAUUAGAAUAGUAAGAGUCACAACAUCCUUGUCUCUCUGGAGCCAUGUCCAUGAAGACGCAGGCAUCUUCUAAGUCUAUUAUACAGUUUUCUGCAGGCCACUGUCAGGGCUAUGCAUGGCAGCUGGUUCCUCUUUACAGCCACAAACACAGUCUGUCCAAUUCCCCAAAAUGUAUUCUGGCACAGGAGAAAGUUGCUUCGCUGUACACCGGUAGCUUAACCCCUAUACAACUGGGCUUGGACCUCUGCCUAGCAAACUGCAGUCUACAAGUUCAAUAUGCAGCCUC